UCCUUGGUUGGACAACCCAUCCCCGAAGCAUGACUAUCCAUCAGCAAAGAAGCUUCAUGGGAAAGAUAGAAGUCUUGACAAAAGUGUUUGUGCCGAUGAAUGACAACAACGAGCACUGGUACUUGAUUGUGUUUGACUUUGAGAAUCAAGAAGUAGUCCUAUUAGACUCGUUCCCUCAAUCUGAUAGGCUACAGUAUAGGAUAACAGAUGCAAAGCUAGUUGCACUCUACAUGGAGGUCAUGCUCAGGGACAGCACAUUCUACCAGCUUGAAACAACUCCAAGGCCACGUUGCUCCCAGUUUAGGGUUGUCAUACCCCAGGGAUUACCAGCGCAGAGAGCUAAUUCAAAUGAUUGUGGCAUUUGGGUCGCAUCUUGGAUGAAGGACAGUAGAAGAUGUGGUUACAAUCUUCAGGUUUCUUACUUUUCUGAAACUUUAACAAUUGUGCUCUGAGACUUUAUGAACUGGGUACAGAACUGUGAUCAAUGUAUGUAUUUUUUGCAGGUUAACAAUGGGACUCGUUUGACACUGGCAUUGCAGCUUGCUCUCCACCCGUUCAACGAAAUGUAAGAUGUGUUGAUAAGGAAGUCCUUUGACAAUUAUGGGACCCUGGUGAAGUCCAUGUUCACUAGGAAGAAUUGAACCUGCCUUUGCAAAGCUUAGCAUGUUUUGAGGAUGGGGAGAAAGCUGCGGUUUAGCUUUUGUGCAUGUUGUUUGGAAUUCUGUCUAAAAUGCCCGCCCCCAUGAUUUUGUGAAUGUUUAAUUAUUAAUCUUGCUCUUGGACAACUUUGGCCUGUGUGCCAUUAUUUUCUGA